GCUCCACGCUCUAUCCUCGCCCUGGGGCCGGCCGCACGACUCGGCUCCGAUAACCUGUCUCGAUGACUCAUGCAACGUGCGCCCUUCGCUGACAUUGUCGGAGUGUAGUGGAGGUGUUGUGGCAGUGAGUGCAGUGAUGUGGGAGUGAGUAUGGCGCGCUCGAGCCCGCUGCCGCUGCUGGCGCCGCUGCUGCUGGCGGCCGCGCUAGCCAACCAGCUCGAGGACAUCCCCCACAACGAAGUCAAAAACUGGGCGUUGAAAUUCGGCGUGGACUUAUGGGAGUUCGGGCGGCACUUCACGAAGAUGAACCAGAUACAAAACAAAUACCACGAGUACAACGUGGAGGUGGUGAGGAAGGACGGACUGCUGCUGGUACGCGAGCUGGCGGCCGAGGUCAAGAACCACAUGGACUUCAAGAUCAACGCCGUUAUGCGGAUCAUGGACUCGGCCGAAGCAGCAGCACUGUCGGCCAGCGGUAGUGACGGCUCCCCCGGGUCGUACUACGACGCACGGUGGCUGAACGUUCAUGCGGACGACGGAUCGCUAGCCGCGCGCGCACGUCGGCUCGUGCUCGUCCCCAGCCGGCACUUCGACCAUAUAGCUGUUAACACCAGCUACAGCGCCGUGUUGAUGCCGCCGCAUAUUAACGUUGAAGAUCCAGAGGUAGAGAACCAGAUAGCGUGGUCCGAGCACCUGGACCCACUGUUUGUGAAUAACUACGAGAUCGACGCUACGCUCUCGUGGCAGUACUACGCUUCUUCUUCCGGCUUCAUGAGGCGGUAUCCAGCAAUGUCGUGGCCACCAGAAGACGGGUACUCACACCACGCCAGAGACUUCUACGACUUCAGGUCUUCCAAUUGGUUCGUGGAAGCCGCAACCUCUCCCAAAGACCUGGUUAUUCUGCUCGACGAUUCAGAUGACCUCGGAUCUUCAUACUGGCGACUGGCCAAGGCAACAGUAUCGGGGAUACUGGAUACUCUUGGUCCAAAUGACUUUGUCAACGUGUACCGAUACAGCGACACUGUUUCUGAAGUCCAUCAGUGUUACACGAAGAUAUUGGCUCAGGCUGUGCCAGAAACGAUCCGAGAACUGAAGACGUCACUGUGGUCAGCGGAAGCCACUGGCGGUGCUGCCAACCUGACCGGAGCUCUCACCGCAGCAUUUGAAAUAUUACAUCGUUAUAAUCGCACCGGUCAAGGUUGCCAAUGCAACCAGGCCAUCGCAGUGGUCGGCGCCGGUGGCGGCGCAGGCGGCGUCAAGAGCGUGUUCCGCACGUGGAAUUGGCCGCACAUGCCCGUGCGCAUCUUCACGUACCGAGUGGGCGGCGACGCCACCGCUGGACAUAAUAUGAAGGAUAUGGCCUGUACUAAUAAAGGUUUCCACGUGUCAAUAAACGAGCAUGCGGAGAUCAGGUCGAAGGUGCUUCACUUUGUGGAGGUGCUGGCGCGGCCGAUGGUCAUGUACCAGAACAUGCAUCCUGUGCACUGGAGCCCCGUCUAUGUCGGUGGCAGGAGUAGCAGCUUGGCUGAUGAUGGUAUGGGUCAGCUGAUGACGUCAGUCACCGUGCCCAUCUUCGACAGGAGAAACCACACGCAAAGGGAAGCGAACUUACUCGGUGUGGUCGGAACAGAUGUCCCUGUCGAUCAAAUAAAGAAGCUCGUACCACCAUAUAAGUUGGGAGUAAACGGUUAUUCGUUCAUGGUGGAUAACAACGGGCAUGUGUUAUAUCAUCCAGACUUGAGACCAUUGCACACAAACGAGGAAUACACAGAGACGCUGCGUCCACUAUACUCCAGCGUGGAUGUGACUGACGUGGAACUCCUCGUGGACUCUGACGAGAACACCAAAGUCAACCUUACCUCAUUGCUGCUUGAUCUAAGACACGACAUGAUAGAGCAGCGAGAGGGCGAGACAGAGAUAGCCGUGAAAGUGCAAUACGACAACAUGCGGAGAGUCGCCACCAGGCGGCAAAGAUAUUUCUAUAGCCCGGUGGACGGAACACCGUUCUCUUUAGCCGCAGUUUUACCGGAUGGAUACGGCAUGUAUGAACUACAAGCAGAGCAAGAGGUUAAACAUAGCAAUAUCAAUGUCACGGAAUACUUCAAAGGCGAUAACUGGAAAGUUCACCCAGAUUGGGUAUACUGCGAGUACGCGUCCACAUCGGAGCAGUCGUUCAAUUCCCCAGAGGAACAGCUAGUCCACUUCCUGUCCCGCGCCGGGCGUCCAGGUUGGAAGUGGAUGUCACUCCGCCCGCGAGCGCUGAUGCUGCAUAACGCACACAAGAAGCAGGAGCGAGACUCCUAUUAUUGUGACAAAACUUUAGUGCAAUCUCUCAUCCGGGACGCAAUGGUAAUCAAAGAAUUGGACGCUCACACUGGACACGCUAGCCACCACAACCAGCAAGGGCGGUUCCACAAGUUCGUAGUGACGCAGUCUUUCAUCGCGACACGCAGCGGUCUGCUCAAGUGGACCGAACAUACCAACAGCUCCCGAACCUCCGAGACCGCUGAACCGCAUUUCAGCGAAAAAUACGCUAAAGCAUUCGACUCGGAGUGGUACCGUCGUGCUGUAGAGCAUCACUCAAUAGAACCAGAGAGCUUCGUCUUCUCGGUACCGUUCAGGGAUGGCAAUGAAGCUGAAGACCUGAGCGGUAGACCACCGUUGGUUCUGGCUACUCAUGCGGUUUUCGUGGAGUCAAGGGGACAUAGAGCUCCAGCUGCGGUUGUCGGCCUACAUUUCCAGCUGGAUUCACUGGCUAAACACUUCCUGAACGUUACUUCAACUUGUACAGCUGGCACUAGCUGCAAAAAGACUUGUGCGGGCGACGAAUUGGACUGCUACAUCCUCGAUGACAACGGUUUCAUCAUCCUCUCAGAAGACGUGUCACAAACAGGCCGCUUCUUCGGUCAAGUGGAUGGAACCAUCAUGGAUUCCUUGGUCCAAGAUCGGAUAUACAAGAAAGUCACAGUACAUGAUCACCAAGGCAGGUGUCCGGAUUCCAGGAAUCCCUUCAGUGGCGAUGGAAAUAAGCUAACGCCUUUGAAGCCCAUCUCUUGGCUUGGAGGAUACCUUACCAGCCUAUUAGCUGUAUGGUUCCCGCUAUGGGAAUCCGUACGAGCGCGGCCACGACCAUUCGCUGACGAAGACAGUGAUUAUGAAGACUACGAAAGCGAGGACCUUGAUAGUGACGAUAUCGAACGGGACCGGGGCACAUAUGAGAUCAUUAUUGAUGGAAUGGGGGCCACAGAGGAUAAGGGCCACGCGCCGCCGGUACCCAUACCAGGGGGAGGGGGCUCUGGGCCCCCGCGCGAGCCCCCCCGUGAAGCCGCCAGGUCCGCUGCAGUGAGACCCUGCGACACCAGCGCGGAACUUUUCACACUACAGUCCACGAGGUUAAACGCAGCGCAGCCGUUGAAAGGGAAACUGACUAACUGCCAUAAUUCGGGAUGCGAGAGACCGUUUAGCGUGCAGAAGAUCCCGCACAGCAAUCUGAUCCUUCUAGUGGUAGACACACUAUGCCCGUGCGGCGCCAAGCGGCUGGACGUGCGGCCGCGCGAGGCGCCGCCGCGGCACGCCUGCCGCCGACACCCUGCGCACGCGCACCGACGACGGCCCCGACACUGCGUCUCAUACCAUCCUGAGGAAAUCGAAAUCCAAUCCUGCGGGCGCGGUGACCGGAUUCGAUCGCUACACGGCCUGUCGGCAGUCAUCGUACUCCAGGUGUGGCUGUCACUCGCCACGUGACUGCCGCAAUCAUAAACUACAACACCAACUAAAACCCCAGCAUUCCUGGUGUAAAACGUCGCCUUUGAAGCUUUUUGGACGUUGCAAAGUUAGUAUUCAGUUUAAAAUGGUAAUAUAAAUGGUGUUCAUAAAGAAAGCUUCGUCCGGCGGGCGUUCGUGUGUUCAAGAGUCGUGUGUGUGGCAAACGUUCGUAUGGUGUGAUGAGGAACUGAACUCGCUGGAUCGCUAGCGUUGCUAUAUGCUCGUAAAGCCCAGAGUUCCAGACACAAUAGUUAAACAAUGGGAUUUUGAAAGGACAUUGGGCCUUACGACCAUAUAGCACUAACGUGCGCGCAUCCCAGCGGCAAUCCGGGUGUAGUUCUCGUCUAUGAAGAGGUUAAAGUUUUGAUCAAUUUUUACCGACUGAAGUUUUGGUCCGACCAAGUGAACUUUUGAUCUUGUUUUGAGACAGGAUUAUCUAUUCGAAUUAGGAUACGAUUAUAAUAAAAAAAGUACUUCCCCUCUGUUAAGUUGAUCACUUUCAUAUUGUAACUAUAAUGCAGAUGCAUACAGUAAAUAGGUAGGUAACGAAUAUCUUGUUAAAUUUAAUUGAAGAUUAUCACAAACUUGGAGAUCUUAUAAAUUAUAGCUAAUGUUAAUAGGUAUUGAAAGGUAAUUAUUGUAAAAUAAUAAAUAUCGUUUGAAACUGUUUUAGAAAAAUUUACCUAUGUUGAACCUAACUCGUUUUGUUUCUUGACAUCUGUCGUUCAAUUAAUCGCAAACUUAUUGACUAGUUGCAUAGUUGAUGUAAAUAUAUCUAGUGUUUUAUUUGUAGAUGUUUAUUUGCUGACUUUGUGUGUGCCUGUCUAAUUGUAUGUAUAAGGUCGUAUCGUUGAGACUGUGUCGCGGCAUCUUCUAUAUUUAAGACUAUGGUGCACGAAGACAUUGUGUCGACCUCAUUGCUGCCUGUACUUGUACACGGAAGGGCCUGGUAAUUUAUUGUGUGUUGCCGUGUUGUUAAUAUAAGGGCAAUAACCCCGGUCGACCUGCGUCCGAGUGCGUGGUACUUGGGACAAUACUCGCUAGCUUAGUGUUCAGGCGGCGGCGGCACAGUCCCUCGGGCCUUCUCAUUCGUCUAGUUGUUAGAUUUUCUCGCCUAAUCUUCGAAUAAUGUUGUAUUGGAGAAACUAAAUGGUUUCCCUAUUUUUAUUGUACAUAUUUUACUAACUUGGCCUAUUACGAUAUAAGGCGUGUGUUGCUGAUGUUUGAAUCGUUCGUUCGACUUCUACUGUCGUUCAUGUUAUCGAUCUGACAGCAAUUAGUUCGCAUAUCAUUUACAAUUGUUUGAAACAGUAAUUAAUAAUACACAUCCUACUCGUAUCUCUCAUACGUAAGUUUUAAACAUUCGCAAUGUACGAUAAUAAGCAUAUUUAAUAACUCGUUUGUACCUAUCCUAAAUGUGAAUGUUGCAUAGGAAUAAAAUUCAGAUCCAUUAACCUAACAUUAAUAGGGUUUUAUAAUUCAUAUCGAUUAGUCCUAUUUACACUUCGCUUGCUGUUGUCCACUCUCAGAUAAACUGUGUAAAUUAUAAUUUCUUAUAGAUGUCUAAAAUUUACAUUAAAUAGGUUUUUAGACAAGUACCAGUGUGUAUAAAGUUCUUAUUUGUUGAUAUAUUGUACGUAACUGUUUAGAUGACGCACCACUUAUCUUGCGUGCGGUACAGUAAGCAAUUAUAUAUGAUAUCUACGCACAAUAUCAGAGUUUAAAUUUAAUGUACAAUAUAUUUAUUAUAUCGCUAAUAUUAACAGUACAAAAAUCAAUUACACAGCUAUCAUAAUCAUAUCACACAUUGAGUGCCAAACUACAGUAUUUGUUUCGCAAAUCAGAUAUUGCCAUACGAUGGCUUGUACAGGACAAUGGCAAGCUUAUAAUACAAUUUAUAUAAAAGCGGAUUGAUCACAGUAAUCGCAAGUUUUCAAUAGCAAUACAUGUUAAGAAUUAUCAAAAUGUAGGCAGUGUACACAAGUACAGGUAUUAUGGAACGGACAAUAUUUUAAGAGAUAUUUUUUGCUAGUUCUUCUAGAAUUGUAUACGUUUUACGAACGAGGAGGUACAUUUAAAGCACAUUUUAUAUCGUCUAUACCAGUCCUGAGGAAGCGAACUCUUAUUUUAACAUUAGAAGCCACACACGACAACGUCGCUUGAAAAAUCAAACGUCUUUUUGUACGUGCAAGGGUUAUCCCGAAGAUGUCAACAAUUUCCACUAACUUGGCUAAAAAUUAAUCUACCAAAAAAGUAGGAGGCGAUCUAGUGUCAAAAUAGAGAAAGACUGCCUGGGAUUACUGUAAUCAAUACGCGCAUAUCAUCGGAUACACAUAAUCAUACUAACGUACCUAACGCAAUACUGUAAACAGAUGGAGGACGCUUUUGAGAAUUGUACAUUUUGUAUAAAUAAUACAGUAAGGAGUCGAUAUAAUGGCGUAGUUUGUUUUAAAGGUGAGUGGCGGACGACUGGUAACGUAUUGAAAGUGCUUCUCGUAAGCGUAGAGUCUUCCAUAGCAGUCGAACGCGGGAUGUUUACUGUAACGUCUAAGUAUUAAACGAUAAUAAUAGUGUAUACUUAUCAUAGCAUAGGCUGGGGCGUCUCGGACGGUGUGCAGACCGUUUACGUGCACUUCGCGGGGUUUAGCUGUACGUAACGAUAGACACAAGACAAAUACCUCGUUUAUUUACGCAAACGUAAUAGCUAGACAGAUUUAGUGUUUGUUUCGCGUUGAUUUCUCGGACAUAUCAAUUCAGGCACCAAAUGAGACUAUAGCGUAAGCGUUUUUGAAUAUUUUCGAUUGUAAUAGUUUCGUGUAACGAUGUAAGUCGGUUAGUUUAUGUGGGGUGCUGUCAGCUAUGGUGUACGGUGUGGGGCGGGCAGGCGUGUAGUUUACUGAAUUUUGGGAAUUACUAAAUGGUAGAGAAUAAAACACGUUAGCAAUACCCAAAGUUGAGUAAGACACAAAGCUGCCUGUCUUGGUGUUAAGGGGAGUGUUGUUAGUGAUUUUAUAAAUUGUUAGAUAUCUUUCAAAAGCAAAUGUUGUUUAACUUUUGUAAAGUACGCUAAACAAUUGUGUAGUGGACAAUAACGGUGGCGGACACUUCAAUGAACUAACCGAACAAUAAAUUUGUACGUGCAAUAAGUUUGUGUAAGGAAGAACAGUGAUCUUAAACUUUGCCACUUUUACUACAAUGUACGGUUUUCUAUAAAAUGUAAGGCUAUUUUGGUUAAAUCUCACUGUCAUCCCUCGUUAAAGCUUUUAGAAGUAAAUUAUUCGAAAUUUUUACAAGUUAAACCAAAUUUUCGGUGAGCAAAUUUCGAUGUCACUGUUUGUAAUAUGAAAAUUAUUUUUCUUAUACUUAGUUAAAGUCAUAGUUGUAUCGUAUUGGGCACGGCCGACUCGGAACAUGGUUCUCUAGUGUAAUUCUAGUCAAAUACUGUUCUUUUUGUUACUUGCCAGUUCAUGCUAUAGAUAUACCGUAAUUAAAACAAUAAAGUUCUCUUAUAACAUUGUG